AUGCUAUGGGAGAAUGCACAGAGGGCCGUCAAGAGCCCGUUAGUGCCACACUCAUCAGAUGGUGCCAACAUGACACUCGCUGGUGCCAUGAAGGUUGUGCCAUUUGGACAACCUGAUCGCAAACCAGCUGAUCGCAAACCAGCUGAUCGCAAACCAGCUGAUCGCAAACCAGCUGAUCCCAAACCAACUGAUCCCAAACCAGCUGAUCGCAAACUAGCUGAUCGCAAACCAGCUGAUCCCAAACCAGCUGAUCCCAAACCAGCUGAUCGCAAACCAACUGAUCCCAAACCAGCUGAUCCCAAACCAGCUGAUCCCAAACCAGCUGAUCCCAAACCAGCUGAUCCCAAACCAGCUGAUCCCAAACCAGCUGAUCGCAAACCAGCUGAUCGCAAACCAGCUGAUCCCAAACCAGCUGAUCCCAAACCAGCUGAUCGCAAACCAGCUGAUCGCAAACCAGCUGAUCCCAAACCAGCUGAUCGCAAACCAGCUGAUCGCAAACCAGCUGAUCGCAAACCAGCUGCCCCGUGCAUAUAUGCCCUGGCACGCGGCCGAUCAGCUGGGCUUCUGAGCUCAUUUAGCGAUACAGAGCGAGAUAAGCCUCUUGCAAAUCUCAACGCCUUUAAUGGCAUCGCAAAUCAGCUUGCAAAAUGGCCCGGCUCAUGA